AUGGCAGCCGACGGAGUUGAGUUAAGGACCGUGAAGCCCCUGUACCACAAAGGAGACAACGAUUCUGCUUAUGAGAGUAACGGGGGCAGGGACAACAUAGCCUUAGAUCUGGGAGAUGAGGCCAUUGCAGAACAAAAGAUUAAGAACGAUACAAAUGGUGACAAUGUCCCAAAGUUUGAGGUUGAAGAGAACACAGGAUUUGUCUACCAUCUCCAAACGUCUGUGCGAACCACCUACAGUUCAAACAGUGAUACGAUAUGGGCGUGCAUUUACGUUAUCCUUUUAGUGUUGUACUUCGUCUAUUUUGGAUUCGCCAUGGCUCAUGAAAAAUUCGGAGACGAGGGUUCAAUCCGGCUUCUUGUCUGCACCAUUCUUUUUGUUAUUGGACUUUGCUGGAAUUUCUGUCGUAAGCGUCUUGGAGGUAAAAUCAGGAUGCCCGAUCUCCCAUGGGAACCAGAGCGGAAAGAAAAAGUUCUUAAAAUUGGUUACAUCGCACUUGUCGUCGCUGUUGUUCUCUUCAUAGUCAUCUACAUAAUUGCUGAAGUUGCAAUCAACUCCACCGAGAAUCUCAUCAGUUUGACAGGACUUGUCUUCUUUGUGUUCGUCUUCUUUAUAUGUUCUCGAAAUCCAGCACAGAUUAAAUGGCGUCCAGUGUUUUGGGGACUGGUCAUUCAGUUUUUCUUUGCUCUCCUGAUUCUACGAUGGCCAUUCGGGUAUCAAGCGUUCCUAUGGCUGGGUGCUCGCGUGUCCGAGUUCCUCGCCUACUCCGACAAAGGUGCCAUCUUCGUGUUUGGGAGUACAUACACAGAUCAUUUUUUCGCUUUUAAGGUGUUGACGGUGAUCGUGUUCUUCAGCACGGCGGUGUCUGUGCUCUAUUAUAUUGGAGUGAUGCAGUUUAUCAUUCGGUAUCUGGCCCGUUUUAUGUCCUGGUCUAUGGGAACCUCACCUACCGAGUCCCUUAACGCCGCCGGUAACAUCUUCAUCGGACAGAGCGAGGCUCCAUUGCUCAUUCGACCUUUCCUGAAGGACAUGACCAAUUCAGAAUUACAUGCAGUUUUGACUGGAGGGUUCGCCACAAUAGCUGGAAGUGUCAUGGCUGCGUACAUUGCUAUUGAUGUGCCCGCUAACCAUCUCCUCUCUGCCUCUGUCAUGUCUGCUCCAGCUGCCCUAGCAAUGUCGAAAUUAAUAUGUCCGGAGACUGAGGGAAGCAAGUCUGACCCCAAGAAGGUGUAUAACAUGGAACAGGGUCCCGAAAGAAAUGUUAUCGAGGCUGCUUCAAAUGGUGCGUCCCAAUCCAUCAAGUUAAUAGCCAACAUUGCCGCCAACCUGAUCGCUUUUAUUGCAGUUUUAGAGUUUGUUAAUGCUACGCUUGAUUGGUUUGGGUCACGAGUAGGACUUGAGGAACCCGAUUUUGAAAGAUUAACAUUUCAAUUUAUCUGUUCCUAUGUUUUCUACCCUAUCGCCGCCAUGAUGGGAGUCCCGGUUGGGCAUGACUGUAGAAAGGUUGCCGAGUUGAUAGGCAUCAAAACCUUUCUUAACGAGUUCGUGGCCUAUGGAGAACUAUCUGUUUACGUUAAUAACGCCAAGAAUCUAACCUGGUACGAGGGACUUAACGGUACCACCACUGUCACCAAGAUGUGGGGCGAGGUGAACCAUACAGGGGCGUGGCACUACGACAAAUGGGAUAUCGUUUAUGAAGAUAUGAACAUUACCCUCACUAAAGGAAUACUAUCGGAUAGAGCCGUUGUUAUAUCUACAUAUGCACUUUGUGGCUUUUCUAAUAUCGCCUCGAUGGGAAUAAUGCUUGGAGCGCUAGGAGCCAUGGCGCCCUCUAGGAAGUCGGACCUCUCCAAACUGGUGGUGACAGCAAUGAUCGCUGGGAAUGUGGCGUGUUUUAUGACAGCAAGUAUUGCAGGACUAUUCUACGAUGGAGGAAAGUGAUGCUGUCGACAAGGUCAAGAAUGGUAAUUAAUUGGAC